CCGUUGUCUCGGUAACCAUCCUGAUUGGCAGCUCUUCAGCGCCUUGUGAUUGGAUAGCUGUGCUGGGGCUACCGGCUCAGUGGUUUGGCGCGCAAACGGUAGUGGCGGCGCAGGCGCAGGUCUAUGCACAAAGGCGGCGGUAGUGGUGGAGGAAGAAGCCGAGCUCCUGGACUGAGACCGUCAGGUUCCCUGACCCCCCCCCACCCCCUUCCUCCCUCCCUCCCCAUUUCCCGGUGAGCUGCAGGCAUGACCGACAAAGAAGCAUCAGAUGCCCAUUAUGAUGUUACACCUGUGACGUCACACACCCACUGUUCUUCAUUACUGACGGCCGCCUCACCUGUGCAGUCCACUCAUCUCGACACGACGCCAGCCAUUUGUCAUGAAUGGAAACGAGGAAAAAAAACAGCCUUUGAUGAUGCCGUGGAAGAACGUGUCAUUAAUGAAGAAUACAAGAUCUGGAAGAAAAAUACUCCCUUUUUGUAUGACCUGGUUAUGACGCAUGCUCUGGAAUGGCCAAGCCUGACUGCACAGUGGUUGCCUGACGUUUCUAGACCUGAGGGAAAGGACUACAGUGUUCACAGGCUGGUGCUGGGAACCCACACAUCUGAUGAGCAAAACCAUUUGGUCAUAGCCAGUGUUCAACUGCCAAAUGAUGAUGCGCAGUUUGAUGCUUCACAUUACGAUAGUGAGAAAGGAGAAUUUGGUGGAUUUGGUUCUGUUAGUGGAAAGAUAGAGAUUGAAAUAAAAAUAAAUCACGAAGGGGAAGUAAAUCGUGCUCGUUACAUGCCUCAGAAUCCUUGCAUUAUUGCUACUAAGACUCCCUCCAGUGAUGUGUUGGUCUUUGAUUAUACGAAACAUCCUUCCAAACCAGAUCCCUCUGGUGAGUGCAGUCCAGAUCUUCGGUUACGUGGGCACCAGAAAGAAGGCUAUGGGCUCUCGUGGAAUCCGAAUCUAAGUGGCCAUUUACUUAGUGCUUCAGAUGAUCAUACUAUCUGCUUAUGGGAUAUUAGUGCUGUACCUAAAGAAGGAAAAAUAGUUGAUGCAAAGACUAUCUUUACUGGUCAUACAGCAGUAGUAGAAGAUGUGUCAUGGCACUUGCUGCAUGAGUCACUGUUUGGUUCAGUAGCAGAUGAUCAGAAACUAAUGAUCUGGGAUACAAGAUCUAACAAUACAUCUAAGCCAAGUCACUCCGUUGAUGCACAUACAGCAGAAGUGAACUGCCUCUCAUUCAAUCCUUACAGUGAAUUUAUCUUAGCAACUGGUUCUGCUGAUAAGACUGUAGCAUUGUGGGAUUUAAGAAACCUGAAACUAAAGUUACAUUCCUUUGAGUCACACAAGGAUGAAAUUUUCCAGGUUCAGUGGUCUCCUCAUAAUGAAACAAUCCUGGCAUCAAGUGGAACAGAUCGCAGACUAAAUGUGUGGGAUUUGAGUAAAAUUGGAGAAGAACAGUCACCUGAAGAUGCCGAAGAUGGUCCUCCAGAACUGUUGUUUAUUCAUGGUGGUCACACAGCUAAGAUCUCAGACUUUUCUUGGAAUCCAAAUGAACCAUGGGUAAUUUGCUCUGUAUCUGAAGACAAUAUCAUGCAAGUUUGGCAGAUGGCUGAAAAUAUUUACAAUGAUGAAGAUCCUGAGGGAGCUCCUGAUCCGGAAGGUCAAGGCUCAUAGUUGAUUCUAGUUUUCAAUCAUUCUUUUUCUACACAAACAUGAAAUUCUGCUAAUGCUGUUUUGGGAGAGCUGGUUGGUGUAAAACCACCACCUCCUACUGAGAGAGUUUGGAUAAAAUGUGUGUCCUCCAGAAAGGACGUAAAAGUUUUUAUGAUUGCCUGUUCCCCAUAUGUGCCAGUCAGAGUAUUGUACUGAUAUGUCUGCAUUCCUUCAAAAGCAAAAUAUUCUGGAUGCUGGAAAUCUGAAAUAAGAACAGUGCUGAAAAUGUAGCACCUGUGGAGAGAAAAACAAUUAACAUUUCUGGUGUGUCUGUCACCUUUCUUUACAAUGGUUCUGAUCAGUUUUCACAGGGCUUAAGUUAACAAUGAGCUGGCUGUGCCCCUCCGCUGGGUGUGUUUUUGAUAGGUGGGCAUGGUGAGCCCACAAUAUUCCACGCAGCACCAAACUCUUGCCCUCAAUGUGCGUCAAAAUUAGCAGCCUAACCAUCAUAUGUAAUAAUUGAGUCAUUCAAGCUUGGUAAAAGCUUUAAAGCAAAAUAUCGUGGACACCUGAAAUCUGAAACAAACACAAAAAAUGCUGGAGAAACACGGUCGGUCUGGUAACAUUUGUGGGGAAACCAACAGAGUUGAUGUUUUUGAGUCCAGGAUGACCGUUCAGGAAAGUCUUGCAGAGUCAUCGUGGACUCAAAAAUGUUAACUUGGUUUCUGUCUCCACAGAUGCUGCCAGACCUGUUGAGUUUCUCCAGCGUUCUGCAUGUUGGUUUAAAAACUCAAGUGACCAACUAAUGCUAGAGACAUAAAACUGCAGAUACUGGAAUCCAACGUAGGCAAACAGGAAGCUGGAAGAACAAAGUUCUUCUAUAACACGAUGAGUUCUUGUGCAACCCCAUAUAGAACAAUUGUGUUUUAGAAAUAGUGCUUAAUGUGUUGGUGAAACAGCGUUACAGCCAACACAAGUUUUAAAGUUUGCGCUGUAGAAACAGUGCCCAAUUUGUCAAUCACGCUACAGCAAAUUUCUGUUAAUGAAACAUGCAUUAUAGCAGAAUGACCUGUAAUAUAUUGCAGAAUGUAGUUGAUAUGGGCAAUUGGCAAAAUGUGGACAGUCUUUUAAAGCAGAUUCCAAAAUUGUCGGAGCAUCCCCUCUGGAGAUUGUGCAAUGUUACUUCCCUGGACUUCCAGGAUCCAUGUUGAGUUCCUCAUGGGCCAGCUAGUAGUCUCCCCAAUGAGUUCAUGGUACUGCUGCAGCUCCUGAAAGUAGGGUGUCCUUUUCAUUGAGGGGCACAUGUCCCGCAAUCAGACCGUAGAGUGAGCCUGCAGCAUGCUCUGGCUGCUAAGGCAGGCUUCUUUCUGGCUCAUUGGCUCACUACCGACCUUUCCUUUUUUUUUUGGAGGAUGGGGAGUGGCAGUAGUCAGCUCACUCCACGCUAUCAGCCCUAUGUUUUUCAUUGCACAGAUGUUGCCUGACUUGGAUGUUUUCAGCAUUUUCUGAUUUUAUGCCUGCAUUUCUAUUUUGCUAAUAGAACAUAAGCAGUUUGAUAUCCUAUCGCGUACCUUGCAUAUUUAAAGCUUGCCCCGACUAUCUGGAUGCUGCAGUGUGUUGUGUUUAUUGUUUCUUUUUGAGAUACGAGUCAGUUAAACCAAUUGAAUAUUCUCUAUGAGAGGGUCUUGCUAAACAAGUGUAUUGCUCCCAAUAAAAUGGAUGUUUUUCUACACAAUAUUAAAUGUGAAUUUCUUUA